GCAAUGCCCUGCUGAGGCGACUUGUUCGCAUUGGGGUGCUGGACGAGGGCAAGAUGAAGCUGGAUUACAUCCUGGGCCUGAAGAUUGAGGACUUCCUGGAGAGGCGGCUGCAGACCCAGGUCUUUAAGCGGGCCCUGGCCAAGUCCAUCCACCACGCCCGAGUGCUCAUCCGCCAGCGCCACAUCAGGGUCCGCAAGCAGGUGGUGAACAUCCCGUCCUUCAUUGUCCGCCUGGACUCCCAGAAACACAUUGAUUUCUCCCUCCGUUCUCCUUACGGUGGUGGACGCCCAGGCCGCGUGAAGAGGAAGAAUGCCAAGAAGGGCCAGGGUGGUGCUGGAGCUGGUGAUGACGAGGAAGAGGAUUAAAUUAAUGCCUCCCUGGACUGGAGAAUUGUCUAGAUUUCCAGUUGACUAAUAAAACAGAAUUCACACUUGUA